AUCGGUAUUUUAGUUACUACUCUCUCUUUUGUUCCAAUCAAAAUUGUGGUUGCUACUUUUGUGCGCACUGUUAUAGAUGGAUGUUCCAGAUGCAAUCAGGUGAACGUGGUUAGGGGAUAAAGCAAACUUGGGACUUGUUAGCAAAUUCAGGAACCAUAUUGUUAUUUUAUUUUAUUUUUAAUCGGUAGGAACCAUAGUGUUAUUAAUGAUCUAACCAUUAGUUAUACCUCUCAAACUAGUACUCCAAGAUCACCGAACUCUGUCCAAUGUACACCGGCUUCCAAUUCCCAUAUCCUCCACCAUCUCCAUCUGAUGGUGAUCCUUCUUUUCCAUCCACUUUUCCUUCUUUCCAUCCACUACACUUAUAUUCCUGGCAGGGGGACGGGCCUAGCAAGGGGUUAAAGGAGGCUAUAGUCCGUCCCUAAUUUUUGGGUAAACAAAUUUUUAUAUAGAAACUUAGGUUAAAUUUUAUAUUUAGCCUACGUAUUAGUUGUAUUUAACUAAUUGUAUGUGAUUUUUAGCUAAUUUAAGUCAUGUUUAAAGUAAAUAAUUUUCUUCCACCCACUGUCUUUCUAUUCCUACUUUCUUUUCUUUUGGUAAUCACUUUGUUUUUCUGUUAUUUGUGUUCGUUUUAACUUUUAUUUUCCUACCUAUUUAGUAUUGUACGGGUGGAUCGCUAUUUGGCCACUAAUCAUGUGAUGUGUACUCCAAAAAAAUUUGCCGCGGCCUUCGGCCGCAUUAUCGACUGUUACAAUCCAGCCCUACCCUGGGGGAAAUUCUGGAUCCGUCCCUAAUUUGCAGGUUUUUUUGGGGGCAUAGCAGGAUUAAUGCUACUUGGUUUCCUCCUAUCUUGCCUCUCUAAGAGUACGAAGAAUUCCACAAUACAGGAUUCACAGGCUGGUAAUCAAGCCAUUACAGCUGCACCACCAACUGGGGUGAACUUGGUCAAAGUUUGGGAACUUGAUGCGGCAACAAUGGAAAGAUUCCUACAUGAUAUUGCUGAAGAGAUAACUACUAGAUUUACUGCUGAAGCACUUCAAAUUUUUACGAAUAACUACUCCACAAGAUUAGGAUCUGGCGCAUUUGGUGUCGUUUAUCAAGGGAAGUUUCCUAAUGGAAUAAAGAUCGCAGUGAAAGUUCUGAAAAGAAACCCAAACAGUAAGAAGGUUGAAGAACAGUUCAUGGCAAAAGUAGGAACUAUUGGUAAAACUUAUCAUAUAAAUCUAGUUAGGUUGUAUGGUUACUGUUUUGAUCAGCGAACGAGUGCUCUAGUUUAUGAGUACAUGGAGAAUAAUUCGCUUGACAAGUUCUUGUUCAGUAAUGAAACACCACAAAUAGAGUGGGCUAAACUACAAGAAAUCGCUAUAGGCACUGCAAAAGGGCUUGCCUACUUGCAUGAAGAGUGUCAACAAAGGAUCAUUCACUAUGACAUAAAGCCUGGUAAUAUUCUUCUCGACUUAAACAUGUCACCCAAAGUUGCAGAUUUUGGACUUGCGAAGUUGUGUAAUAGAGACAAUACCCAUGUAUCCCUCUCUGGAUAUAGAGGAACACCGGGUUAUUCCGCGCCGGAGUUUCUUAUGCACAAUUAUCCAAUAACACAUAAAUGUGAUGUUUAUAGUUUUGGGAUGUUAUUAUUCGAGAUUGCAAGGAGGCAGAGGAACACAAACACUAAUGUUGGUGGCGAUAGUGUAGACUGAUUUCCAAAGAAGGCUUGGGAUGAGUACGAGAAAGGCAGAUUGAAUGACUUGUUGGAGAAAAAUGAGUUAAAUAAAAAUGUUUUGGUCUUGGUGUGGUUUGAUCUAGUGACUUAUGGGUCCAAGGAUACUUGCUCAUUUUAUGAGUGAAUGAAUCUCUCUUUAGUCCCACAUUGGGUAUAAUAGAGAAGGAGCUCCACUAUAUAACCAUAUUCUUAUGGAUAUAUUUUUUACCCAUGCGACAAGCGCGUAUGCCAUGCACCAAGUCCC